GGGGGGUUGAAGGAAAAAAACCGACUGGGCUGAUCGGUCUUUGUUUCUGGCUAGGAGGAAACCCUACAGACGCUGUAACCGUUGAGGACUCAAACAUCCCCUUUUACUGCCUGUGGUUUCUUCCUGCUGCCACACACUUCCCAUUCCCCCUGAGAGAUGUCCACUCCUGACCCUCCUAUGGGAGGGACACCUCGGCCUGGUCCCUCCCCAGGCCCGGGACCAUCUCCAGGAGGCAUGAUGGGCCCAAGCCCAGGCCCCUCUCCGGGCUCAGCCCACAGCAUGAUGGGACCAAGUCCAGGACCCCCGGGAUCUGGACACCCUCACCCGCCACAGGGACCCUCAGGAUAUCCUCAGGACAACAUGCACCAGAUGCACAAACCCAUGGAAGCCAUGCAUGACAAGGGAAUGCCCGAUGACCCUCGCUACGGUGGGAUGAAGGGCAUGGGGAUGAGACCAGGGGGGCACAGUGGGAUGGGACCCCCUCCAAGCCCAAUGGACCAACAUUCCCAAGGUUACCCCUCUCCAUUGGGAGGCUCCGAGCACGCACCCAGCCCAGUCCCAGCCAGCGGCCCCCCCUCUGGCCCCAUGAUGCCCGGUGGCCCCUCUGGCCCCGGGUCUGGCCCUAUGGAAGGAAGCGGGGAUCCUAACCAGGGUGUGGGUCAGCCUAAUCGUGGGGGUCCACAGGGUCCAGGUGGACCCGGAGGUGCAGGAGGCGGACCAGGAGGUGCAGGUGGACCAACCCCCUUUAACCAGAACCAGCUGCACCAGCUCAGAGCUCAGAUCAUGGCCUAUAAGAUGCUAGCUCGCAGCCAGCCUCUACCUGAACACCUGCAGAUGGCCGUGCAGGGGAAGAGGCCCAUGCCGGGGAUGCAGCAGCAGCCAAUGCCCAACAUGCCUCAAACUACAGGGCCAGGAGGUGGACCGGGGGCAGGACCAGGACCAGCUCAGGGAAACUACAACAGACCACAUGGUAUGGUGGGUCCAAAUAUGGCACCUCCUGGACCUGCAGGAGUCCCCCCAGGUAUGCAAGGCCAGCCAACUAAUGGACCCCCGAAACAAUGGCCCGAAGGACCCAUGGUAAACGCUGCUGCUCCUUCCAACCCUCCUCAGAAGCUGAUCCCUCCUCAACCCACAGGCAGACCCUCUCCCGCUCCCCCCUCUGUGCCUCCUGCCGCCUCCCCUGUCAUGCCCCCUCAGACGCAGUCCCCCGGUCAGCCGGCUCAGCCUCCUCCCAUGAUGCUUCACCAGAAACAGAACCGUAUCACCCCCAUCCAGAAACCCCGCGGGCUGGACCCAGUGGAGAUCCUCCAGGAGAGAGAGUACAGGCUACAGGCUCGUAUCGCUCACCGCAUCCAGGAGCUUGAAAAUCUGCCCGGCUCUCUUGCCAACGACCUUCGGACCAAGGCAAGCAUCGAGCUGAAGGCUCUGAGGCUGCUAAACUUCCAGAGACAGCUACGUCAGGAAGUCGUGGUUUGCAUGCGCCGUGACACCGCUUUGGAGACUGCCCUCAACGCUAAGGCUUACAAACGCAGCAAACGCCAGUCUCUCCGCGAAGCCCGAAUCACAGAGAAGCUGGAGAAACAGCAGAAGAUCGAACAGGAGCGCAAACGUCGGCAGAAACACCAGGAAUACCUCAACAGCAUACUGCAGCACGCCAAGGACUUCAAAGAGUACCACCGCUCCAUCACCGCCAAGAUUCAGAAGGCCACCAAAGCUGUCGCCACCUACCACGCCAACACAGAGCGUGAGCAGAAGAAAGAGAACGAGCGCAUUGAAAAGGAGAGAAUGCGGAGGCUGAUGGCUGAAGAUGAAGAAGGUUACCGUAAACUCAUCGACCAAAAGAAAGACAAGCGUCUGGCGUACCUGCUGCAGCAGACCGAUGAGUAUGUGGCGAACCUUACAGAGCUGGUACGAGCUCACAAAGCUGCUCAGGCUCUCAAAGAGAAGAAGAAGAAGAAGAAAAAGAAGAAGCCGGAGGCAGUGGAGGGUGGUGCUGCUGGUCUGGGACCGGAUGGAGAGCCUUUAGAUGAAACCAGCCAGAUGAGCGACCUGCCUGUGAAGGUGAUUCACGUGGACAGUGGAAAGAUCCUGACAGGCAUGGAUGCUCCUAAAGCCGGACAGCUGGAGACCUGGCUGGAAAUGAACCCAGGAUAUGAAGUAGCACCGCGCUCAGACAGUGAAGACAGCGGCUCAGAUGAUGAAGAAGAGGAGGAGGAGGAUGACGAUGAGCACCCUCAGCCGUCUUCGGCUCCAACAGAUGAGAAGAAGAAAAUCCCCGACCCUGACAGUGAGGAGGUGUCUGAAGUAGACGUACGGUGCAUCAUCGAACAUGCCAAGCAGGAUGUGGACGAUGAGUACGGUAGUGCAUCUUUCAACCGAGGCCUGCAGUCGUACUACGCCGUGGCUCACGCCGUCACAGAGAAAGUGGAGAAACAGUCAUCACUGCUAGUCAACGGGCAGCUCAAGCAAUACCAGAUCAAAGGUUUGGAGUGGCUGGUGUCGCUUUACAACAACAACUUGAACGGCAUCCUGGCUGAUGAGAUGGGUUUAGGGAAGACGAUCCAGACCAUCGCCCUGAUCACUUACCUCAUGGAGUACAAGCGCCUCAACGGGCCUUUCCUCAUCAUCGUACCUCUCUCAACCUUAUCAAACUGGGUCUACGAGUUUGAUAAGUGGGCGCCAUCCGUCGUCAAAGUCUCCUACAAGGGGUCUCCAGCUGCUCGUCGUGCUUUCGUCCCCAUCCUGCGCAGCGGAAAGUUCAACGUCCUGCUCACCACAUAUGAAUACAUCAUUAAAGACAAACAAGUGCUGGCAAAGCUGCGAUGGAAGUAUAUGAUUGUGGAUGAAGGCCACCGUAUGAAGAACCAUCAUUGUAAGCUUACUCAGGUCCUGAACACACACUACUUGGCCCCGCGGCGUCUGCUGCUCACAGGAACCCCGCUGCAGAACAAGCUGCCCGAGCUCUGGGCCCUGCUCAACUUCCUGCUGCCCACCAUCUUCAAGAGCUGCAGCACUUUCGAACAGUGGUUCAACGCGCCGUUCGCCAUGACCGGAGAGAAGGUCGACCUGAAUGAAGAGGAGACGAUCCUCAUCAUCCGACGUUUACACAAAGUGCUCCGGCCGUUCCUCCUGCGUCGACUCAAGAAAGAAGUGGAGGCUCAGCUGCCUGAGAAGGUGGAGUACGUGAUAAAAUGCGACAUGUCGGCUCUGCAGAGGGUUCUGUACAGACACAUGCAGGCCAAAGGAGUCUUACUCACAGACGGGUCGGAAAAAGACAAGAAGGGUAAAGGCGGUACGAAGACCCUGAUGAACACUAUCAUGCAGCUCAGAAAGAUCUGCAACCACCCCUACAUGUUCCAGCACAUUGAGGAGUCUUUCUCUGAACAUCUUGGUUACUCUGGUGGAAUCGUGAGUGGUCCUGACCUGUUCCGCUCCUCCGGAAAGUUUGAGCUCCUCGAUCGCAUCCUGCCCAAGCUGAGGGCCACCAACCACAAAGUGCUGCUCUUCUGUCAGAUGACCUCGCUCAUGACCAUCAUGGAGGACUACUUUGCCUACCGUAACUUCAAGUACCUGCGUCUGGACGGAACCACAAAGGCCGAGGAUCGUGGCAUGCUGCUGAAGACGUUCAACGACCCGGCCUCUGAGUACUUUGUGUUCUUGCUCAGUACCAGGGCUGGAGGUCUGGGUCUGAACCUGCAGUCCGCUGACACCGUCAUCAUCUUUGACAGCGACUGGAACCCUCAUCAGGAUCUGCAGGCUCAGGACCGAGCCCAUCGUAUCGGCCAGCAGAACGAGGUGCGCGUGCUCCGCCUCUGCACCGUCAACAGCGUGGAGGAGAAGAUCCUGGCGGCGGCCAAGUACAAACUGAACGUGGACCAGAAGGUCAUCCAGGCCGGCAUGUUCGACCAGAAGUCUUCAGGAUACGAGCGCCGCGCCUUCUUACAGGCCAUUCUGGAGCACGAGGAGCAGGAUGAGGAGGAAGACGAGGUUCCUGACGAUGAGACCGUCAAUCAGAUGAUCGCCAGGAGUGAAGAGGAGUUUGAGCAGUUCAUGCGUAUGGAUCUGGACAGACGCCGAGAGGAGGCCCGUAACCCGAAGAGGAAACCUCGUCUGAUGGAGGAGGAUGACCUGCCGAGCUGGAUCCUGAAAGACGACGCUGAGGUGGAGAGGCUGACCUGUGAGGAGGAGGAGGAGAAGAUGUUUGGCAGAGGAUCCCGUCAGCGUAAGGAAGUGGACUACAGCGACUCGCUCACAGAGAAACAGUGGCUCAAGGCCAUUGAGGAGGGGAAUCUGGAGGAUAUUGAGGAGGAAGUGCGUCAUAAAAAGACAACCAGAAAACGCAAGCGAGACCGAGACCACGAUGGUGGGCCGUCCACGCCAAGCUCCAGCAGCGGGCGAGGGCGGGAAAAAGACGAUGAGGGGAAGAAGGCGAAGAAACGAGGCCGCCCUCCGGCUGAAAAACUCUCACCCAACCCGCUGUCCCUGACCAAGAAGAUGAAGAAGAUCGUUGAUGCUGUUAUCAAAUACAAAGACGGUAAUGGCAGACAGCUGAGCGAAGUCUUCAUCCAGCUGCCAUCUCGUAAGGAGCUGCCUGAGUACUAUGAGCUCAUCCGCAAACCCGUCGACUUCAGGAAAAUCAAGGAGAGGAUCCGGAGUCACAAGUACCGCAGCCUCAACGACCUGGAGAAGGAUGUGAUGCUGCUGUGUCAGAACGCUCAGACCUUCAACCUGGAGGGAUCUCUGAUCUAUGAGGACUCCAUCGUGCUGCAGUCCGUCUUCACCAGCGUGAGGCAGAAGAUCGAGAAGGAGGACGAGAGUGAAGGAGAGGAGAGCGAAGAAGAGGAGGAGGAGCAGGACGAAGGCUCAGAGUCUGAAUCUCGUUCAGUGAAGGUGAAGAUCAAACUGAGCCGGAAGGAGAAGGGAGAGCGAGGAGUGAAGGGGCAACGACGACGAGGCCGCGGUGCUCGAGCUAAACCUGUGGUGAGCGACGACGACAGCGAGGAGGACCAGGAGGAGGAGCGUUCAGCCAGUGGUAGCGAGGAGGACUAAAGUGAGUCCCACUCCUUAUUGGACCAACAGCCCCCUGAGACCCUUGACUGGACUUUAUAUUUUACUUAGAAACAGCAGGGAGACGGUUUGUGGAAAAGGCCUAGUUUUACCUAGAUGAGCUGAUUUUUAGUGGGACUAUUGUAUUCUCAUUAAAGUAAACCAUUUAUUAAAACCAAUAAAAAAAUAAAAUAUGAAGUCCACCUGCAUAUUUAAACCAUUUCCCCCCCAUUAUGAAUAGUAGUGUCUCUUUACCUUUUUCUGUUUUCUCCUGUAAGUGGAAAAUCGGCAGAGUUUGACUUCUAGACUGAGCGUGGGCCAUAAAGACAUCGAACUGUUUUUUUUAAAGUGGUAUUCAUUAUGUCGUCUUUUACUUUGAGACAUGUGAACCAGGAGGAAAUCUGUGUAACUGAAGUCCCUUUUUGAAUGCAUGUCGUGCGUGUCUGUCGAAAAUGCACCUGGAUGUGUCUUCGCUAUUAUCUCUGUGUUUAAUUUAAGACUACAAGCGGGAUCACGGUACAUCCCACCCUGCAGCCCCUCCCUCUCAGGUUGUGUAUGAUUUGGGGGAGGGAGGGAUCGGACCAUUUUCUCGUGUCAGUGUCACUGGAUUCCAAAAAGUACAAUAAAGGCAUCUCAUGAUUGA